AUGAGCCAAUCGAAAAACGAGCAGUUGAUCUCAUGUCCGGUAUGCAAUUGCAAGAUCAAAUACUCUGCAAUCAAUGACCAUUUGGAUAAGUGCACUUCAAAGGGUGCCAAGCCGGCAAACAAAGGGUCCACCUUAACCAGCCUUUUAAAGAGCAAACGGAAGCCAGCAGACGAGCCCGAAGUGAUUGACGUCGAGGACAGCAUUAAGCGUGCGAAAAACGACAUAGAACCCAGUGGAAAGGUUCUAACAUCCUCGAAGAACCCAAUUUCUAAGAGCGAUCAGGACCUGCGACAGUUGCAAAAAAUCAUCCACCAACCGUUGAGCGAAAAACUAAGGCCAAGGGAGCUAAGUGAAUACGUUGGUCAGCAGCAUAUAAUUUCCUCGGAGCAUGGGGUACUCUACAAUUAUGUGCGAAACGGCACAAUUCCUUCGAUGAUCUUGUGGGGUCCUCCCGGAGUAGGGAAGACGACGCUGGCAAGGCUAUUGACUAAAACUGUCAAUCAAGAUCCCGCUAAUGGCGUUUCGUAUACUUUGGUACAAACAAGUGCUACAAAGGCUACCGCUCAACAACUUCGGAAAAUCUUCGACGAUUCCAAGCGUGAAUUUUCCUUAACUAAACGGCUCACCGUUGUGUUCAUAGAUGAGAUACAUCGUUUCAACAAAGGACAGCAAGAUUUGCUUCUACCUCACGUAGAGUCUGGCGAUAUUGUUUUAAUUGGUGCAACAACAGAGAAUCCUAGCUUUCAGCUCAACAACGCUCUAAUGAGCAGAUGUCAGAUUUUCGUAUUAACGAAGUUGAACACAGCCGAAAUGUGUAUGGUAUUAUCGCGUGGCGUCAGCAUGCUAAACAAGUGCCGCCACCUUGUAUGGAAAACUGAUCAUCCACUCAGACUUGAUAAAAAAGUCCUGGAAUAUAUCGUUGAAAUUUCGAUAGGGGAUACCCGAAGAGCUUUGAACCUUCUGGAAAUGAUUGAGGUUUCUACCAGAAAAGAUCCACGAGAAUUAACACUGGAUAGUGUCCGCGAAAUUAUACAUGGCAAUUCCUCAGAGCUGCGAACGUAUUAUGACCAGAAAGGCGAGAAUCAUUACGAUACCAUUUCAGCCUUCCAUAAAUCGAUACGAGGAAGCGACGAGAAUGCCACCCUCUACUACUUGGCUCGAAUGUUGCAGGGCGGUGAAGAUCCGUUAUUUAUUGCCCGUCGCAUGAUUCGUAUCGCUUCGGAAGAUGUUGGCGUCCUUGAUCAUUCAUUGUUACCAUUGGCCGUAGCCGCACAUGAUGCGGUCAUGAAAGUAGGAUUACCAGAAGCGGAUUUAUCUCUCGCACAUUGUUCGGUGGCAUUGGCCAGAGCUCCGAAAUCCGUCCAGUUAUACAGAGCCUGGAAAGCAGUCAAUACCAGAUUGCGCGAGAAUCAUGAUAUGUUUGCAAGUGCUGAUAUUCCGAUGCACUUGCGUAAUGCGCCUACGAAACUUAUGACAGAGUUAGGUUAUGCCAAGGACUAUAAGUACAAUCCAGAUUUUGUGGAUGGAAAAGUGGCACAGGAUUACUUCCCCCACGAAGUACAAAGCAAUAGCCAGCGGCAGGAUCUGCAAUUCAUGAGAGGCCCACACUUAGGGGAAAAACACGAUCCGGAACUCUUUGAGAGAGAUGCUGGAUAA